AAAAGAAGAAGUAUCGGUUUGCAGAUUGAAUGUAGUUUUGGCAUAUAUAAGAAAAGAUUAAAACUGCGAGUCAGCGUUUAAAAAUGUUGAAACGAAGCUAUCAAGAUGGUUUGGAGCACUCCAGACUCACACUCGAUGAAGAAGGCAAAAAAGGAGUAAGACUUUGAUUGAAUUGUGAUUGACAGUGGGUAGACUGGUUUACUCAGUAUAUCAGUAUAUGUUUAUAAUUAUAAAUUCACAUGAUUUCUUUACUUACCUUAGUGUAUUAAUUUCAUAUAUAAGUAAUAAUUUUUUUGAAAUAUGAAAUGUAUAGUAUUUUGAAAAAGGACAAAGCCAAAUUUAAGGGCUAGUUUUGGAGUUUGUAAUAAUUUGCGUUUGGUAUAGUAAAACAACUCGCUAGUUUUUGCAAGUUAGUGAAUUCAUCAAUAUUAAUUUAAAUACUCAGCUUACCGGCUGCGAUAUUAGUUUCAAGUUUCAACGUAGAAAUUAUAAAGCCUGUCGUUUAUUCGUGGCUGUGAAAUGGUAGUGGAUCUAAGUAAUUGUCAUUUGCGUGCUGUAUGCAAAUCAGUCUUUACUGAUUGUAGAGAUAUAUCGACACUAAAUCUGACAAUGGCAACCUUAAGGCUAAAUCUUUGAGUGGCUGUCUAGUAGACUAGUAUAAUUUUUGACAUUGCAUGUGACAUCCGAUUGAUGUUCCUCAAGGUCACGACUGCAGGCCAUGACGUCACGACCAAUAUAUAUGGUCGCGACAGUACGUGCUUCUGCGUGCGUAUAUGUUAUCACUGGUACUUGUUAUCAGGUAGUUUUAUUUUAAAGCAUUCAUGGAUUCUGACUGUCAUAUCAUCUCAAUAGCUGUCCAAAUGUGGAGUUUUGACAUCAACUGAGUGACGUCAUUAUGUUGAUAUAAAAAAAUAAAUAAGGCGAAAAAAUAGGUACACAUGGCGUACAUUUGUUAUGCCAACAGGUGCGUUUCACAAACAAGUAUCCUCUAGACAAGUAUCCUGUAGACUACGACAUAGUCUGUAGUGUAAUUGUGUCAUGAGUGCCUAUGACGCAGGCUAGUCAACCUGCUGUUAUCAGAGUGAGAAGCUAACGUUAAUUAUUUUCAUUAUAUGUAGUAGAUAGUCUUGUAUUUGGUGGCAAAAAUAUAUUGAGAGAUUAUUGAAAAUUCUCCACGCUGAUUGGUUGCCGUUGAGGUGAUUAUAACGCAAUAAUCACCCAAGCGAUUUUCGAAAUGGCUGCCGAAGCCGUUUUGUCAACUAAAUGACAAAGAAAUUUGUAUUUUUUAUUUUUUCCAAAUAAUCACCUAUGAAAUUAUACUAAAACAAUUAUUCACCUCAGGCCCGGUGAUUAUCGUGAAUAAAAACCUCGACUUUGUCUCGGUUUUUAUUUACCGAUAAUCACCUCGCCUUCCGCGAAUAAUUGUUAAAUAUUUCUGUAGUAGUUGACCAUCAUCUACUGCUCCGAACCCACUAAUACAUUUCUUUUAGGGUGGUCUUACAUGGAUGUUAAUUUUCACUUGUUUUCUGUGCGUAUUUGGCUCCUCGAUCGUCCAUGGCUACAGUUCUGGUGUUCUUAACGCACCUGAGUUUGUGAGUAAUGCUCGGGCCUUGAAAUAUUAAACUAACAUUAGGCAGAUUUAGAUCGAGGACGCGGACGUCAAAGACGACGUGAAAAUGUCGUCAAAAUGGUGUGGCAUAUCCAUACAUGGGCACAACACGCCAUUUUUACGUCGUAUUUAACAUCCGCGUCCUCGAUCUAAGUCUGUCUAUUAUUUUAUAUAUUGGACAGAUCUAUCAGUUGUAAACUGUUCUUCCUAAAGGUCCAGUAGGGAUCAUCUCCUAUUGAUCCAGUCUUACUACAGGAGGAAACUUAAACUAAACUAACUUUAUUUAUACUAGAUAGCUCUAUCAGUUCUAAACUGUUCGUCCUAGAGGUCCAGUAAGGAUCGUCUCUUAUUGAUCCAGUACUACAGGAGGAAACCUAAACUAAACUAACUUUAUUCAUAGUGGAUAACUCUCUAUAUUAGUUCUAAACUGUUCUUCCUAGAGGUCCAGUAAGGAUCAUCUCUUAUUGAUCCAGUGUUACUACAGGAGGAAACCUAAACUAAACUAACUUUAUUCAUAGUGGAUAACUCUCUAUAUUAGUUCUAAACUGUUCUUCCUAGAGGUCCAGUAAGGGCAAUUCCUUAUUGAUCCAGUGUUACUACAGGAGGAAACAUGUGGUGUUUGGCAGAGUCAAAUUGUAAACACUCUUCUGAGAUGAAAUUAUAGUCGCAGUUGAAAGGCACAUUCAUCUAACCAAGCACUGUGACAACCAACUGAACAAUUUCUCGCUUUCUUUCUAGACAAUACAAGCGUUUUACAACGAUACAUAUAUUUAUCGUUUCAAAGAACCAAUUCAAAAAUCUCUUCUAAACUUCCUGUGGGCGUUCACGGUGUCAUUCUACCUUGCUGGGGGAAUGGUUGGCAUAUUUUCGGCUGGAUAUUUUGCUGACAAAUUUGGAAGAAGAGGUGCCCUACAAUUCAGUCAUAUAUUCGCAGUUCUUGCUGCGAUAUUCUUUGGCAUAGCUCGUCCAACAGGGUAUUUUGAGUUACUUAUUCUUGGUCGGAUAAUUAUUGGCUUUUCUACAGGUAAUUUGUAUCCUUUUCUCCUUUUGACCAGCUCUAGUACCAGGCUGACCCGUGUUCCGAUUCUUGUCCCAUGUGUGGAAUGUGACUUUGUGUACUUAAAUCUUUUUACACCGUUCGUGUACCCCUUCUUCGAUCUCCUCUGUCUUCUCUUCCCGUUUGUUUGGUCUACAUUAUACAAUGUUUCUUCAUCUCUUCUUAUUACAUGUCCAUACCAUCUCAGUCUUGCUUCCCUCACCUUCUCUGCAAUGUCUACCACCCCACAUCUUCUGAUCUCUUCAUUCCAUAAUGUAUCUGACAAGCUCUUUUUCAUCUCUUCUUAUUACAUGUCCAUACCAUCUCAGCCUUGCUUCCUUCACCUUCCCUGCAAUGUCUACCACACCACAUCUUCUUCUGAUCUCUUCAUUCCAUAAUGUAUCUGACCAGCUCUCCUUCAUCUCUUCUUAUUACAUGUCCAUACCAUCUUAGCCUUGCUUCCCUCACCUUUUCUGUAAUGUCUACCACCCCACAUCUUCUGAUCUCUUCAUUCCAUAAUGUCUCUGACCAACUCUCCUUCAUCUCUUUUUAUUACAUGUCCAUACCAUCUCAGCCUUGCUUCCUUACCUUUUCUUCAUAAUGUCUACCACCUCCUAUCUUUUGAACUUUUCAUUAAGCUUAAGUUUUGGAAACCUAUCUCGUGCUUCUUGCAUUACCAUUUUCCGCCAACGAAAAGCAAUAGUCCAUUCCUUUACUAUUUAUAUACAUGUAAUUCGUUCAUUUCCGUAAUUUUUCAAUUUACAUUCCCAGGCAUGGGCAGUGGAAUUGUUCCAAUGUAUUUAACGGAAAGUUCUCCCAAACAUAUUCGUGGUUCACUGGGCGUUUUACAUCAACUUGGCUUAACUAUCGGAAUCCUAAUUUCACAAAUUCUUGGACUUGAAGAACUACUAGGUGAGUAAAACUCAGUAUAUCCUCAUACUUCCGCGUACGUAAUCUGUUUCCAGCAAUACAGAUGCUGGGUCAAUAAGGGAUGACUCUUACUGAACCUCUAGGGAGAACAGUUUAGAACUAAUAUAACGUACUAUUCAGUAUAUCAAUAAAAGUUGAGUUUAGGUUUCCUUCCGUAGUAACACUCGAUCAAUAAGCGAUGACUCUUACUGGACCUCUAGGAAGAACAGUUUAGAACUGAUAGAGCUAUCCAGUAUAAAUAAAGUUAGUUUAGGUUUCGCCCUGUAGUAACACUGGAUCAAUAAGAGAUGAUCCGUACUGGAUCUCUAGGAAGAACAGUUUGGAACUGAUAGAACUAUCAAGUAUAAAUAAAGUUAGUUUAGUUUAGGUUUCUUCCUGCAGUAACAUUGGAUCAAUAAGGGAUGAUCCUUACUGGACCCCCAGGAAAAACAGUACGUUUAGAAGUGAAAUAGAGUCAGUUAUUUAAAAAACUAAUAUUCUUGUCUUCAGGUGGAGAUGACUUGUGGCCAGUUCUUCUUAUCUGCUCAGCAGUUCCAGGUUUCAUCGUGUCCUUCUUUCUUCCUUUGAUUCCUGAAAGUCCCCGUUACCUUCUUAUUAAAAGGAAAGACGAAGAAAGAGCUAAAAAAGGUUUGCUUGAUUCGCACAGUACACCUCAAGUUGUAAGCAGGUUGCAUGGAACAGUUUUUGGCAAAAGUUGUGUAGUGUAAAUCGGUCUAUUGAACUAAAACGCUUUUUCAUUUUCCAACACAGCAUUGAAGUCGUUCCGAGGCGAAGAUCAUGACGUCAAAGACGAUAUUCAAGAAAUGCGUGAAGAACAGAGGCAACUGGAAGAUGAACCCCCCUGGACGAUGAAACAAUUGUUGAAGGCGAAGAAACUUCGUUUUCCAUUGUUACUUCUGUGCGGACUUCAAGCGGGCCAACAACUGUCAGGAAUUAAUGUCGUAAGUUCGUCCAAUGCCAAUGGCCGGUUGCAUAAAACUCCUAGGCCCCAGUUACACGAUACCGGAUUCGUAUCGGAGCGACAUCAAUUUAAGGUGUUUUCCAGCCUUGUCUGCUAUUACAACUUUUCAUAUAUGAAGUUUUUGUUUAAUUAUGUUAUAUUAUAAUCUUAAUUUUAAGUGCCAAAUUCACCUCGAAGCAGUAAAAUUUGAUGUUGCUCCGAUGCGAAUCCGGUAUCGUGUAACUGGGGCCUUAAUAACUAGUUUUGAACUACUCUUUUGAAGUUAACUAUAUAAAACUUAACACUUUACACGACAACGAGUCCUUUUGAUGGUUAGUACAUGUGACUUUCACCUUUGUGAUCAGCGAUCUUUUUGACAUUUUUGCAUUAUAAUUUCACCUCAGUCACAUGUAAGAAGAGUGCUUCCAGCUUGACUCUACCAAACACCACAGGUUUUUUCCGGGUAAUCUGGUUUCCUGUUAUAGUAACACUGGAUAGAUAGGAGAUAGCCCUUACUAGUGGACUGUGGACCUCAAAUGAUCUGAUGGAGUUAUCCAGCAUAAAGAAAGUUAGUUUAGUUUUGAUUAAUUUGGAUUUCUUCAUUUCCAGGUGUUUUACUACUCAACUGGGAUCUUCACACAAGCUGGCAUCCCAGAUGGCUAUGUUCGUUAUGCGACCCUAGGCACUGGAGCCAUCAAUGUCGCUAUGACUAUAGUUGCGGUAAGAUAUGUGCUACACAAGUAAAAACGCACAAGUUGUAACAAGUCGGAAACAAGUUGUUACAAAUCUGUUCACAAGUUGUCAACAAGUUGUGUUCGCACUGCUUGUUCCCAGUUUGUUGUAACAAGUUUGAAACAAGCUGUUAACAACUUGUAACAAGCUUGAUGGCAUUAUCAGCCUUGUUACAAGAUUGUGCUAACAAGUUUGUUACAGCCGUGAUAUAACAAGGAUGUUACAAGGUUGUCAACACAAGGUUGUAACAAUCUUGUUAUGUCAAGCAUGUAACGGACUUGUCAAAACAACCUUGCAACAAGUCUGAUAAUUUCGACAAGGUUGUUACAAGUUGUCAACAAGUUGUUCCAAACCUGUUGACAACUUGUGACAAGCAGUGCGAAUACAUCUUGUUAACAGCUUGUGAACAAACUUGUAACAAACUUGUGCGUUUUUACGUGUGUAGACAUUGAUCAUUGACGCAAGCCUGUGACAUCUUUGCAUCUAAACAUGACGGGCCGUAUCUGUUUCAGGUGUUUCUGAUGGAAAAAGCAGGAAGACGUCCAUUGUUGUUGUACGGUAUGAUCGGCAUGGGAAUAUCUGCUGCUAUUAUAACGAUUGGACUGAAUGUACAGGUAAUAAUGAUUGGUUUCAACAAGCGAUACAGGGCAGCAGAUGCUGGUCAACGUCAGAAAUGUUAACACUUAUAGGAGUGAGAAAAUUAAACAACAUCUCUCAAUUUCAUUUCAGGACGUUGCUCCUGGAAUUGCCUAUCUCAGUUUUGUAUGCACAUUGACUUUCGUUGUAUCAUUUGCUAUCGGCCUAGGUGAGAAUAAUGUCAUCUAUUUGUUAGCCUGAAGCCCUGGGCAAACUAGGAAACAUUGUUGCGGAAACAUUUGUGAUUCUCGAUGUUUCCUCAAAUGUUUCCAUGUUUGCCCACCCGUGGAAACAUUGUUGCGGAAACAAAAUUUGCUUCCCGAGAAGCAAAAAUGUUUCCUACCAAAUUCAGAAACAUUUGAUGUUUCCCUAUGUUUCUCACUAAUGUUUCCUAGUGUUUGCCCACUCUUGGAAACAUGGCGAAACUUUGGUAGGAAACAAUUCAGCAAAAUUCAACAAUUAAAAUUUCCUGCAUAAGUCAAGUAAAAUGUAAAUUUCAGAGAACGUGUGAUGCAGAGAACUAUGAUGCUGCCGCACAUCUCGACUUGCAAAAUGUUUAAUUUGGAAUUUUCAAACUCCUCUCUGGGGUGAGAGAGGAGGAGAAGGCGGUUUCAGUAAGCGUUAUACAAGAUGGCAGUCAACUCAGAAAUGUUGACACUUUAAGGCAAAUCAAACUACUGUAGACCUUGCUCUUUUAUGCAUUUGCUAUCACCUACUAUAAAAAUAUUUUGAUUUCUUUUCUAGGUCCCAUUCCCUUAUUCCUCGGUGGCGAGCUGUUCAAGCAAGGCCCAAGGCCACCGGCAAUGAGUUUCUCUGGCAUGUUAAAUUGGCUUGCUAAUUUUGUUGUUGGGUUAACGUUUCCUUUCAUAUUAGUAAGUGUCCUAAAGAGAAACUCUGCAUGGAAAAUGACACAAUGGUCAGUGCAUGUGUCUUUCGUCUCUGUGACCUGCAAGUUUUGAUUCCUGCACUUGUUUGAUUAUAAUUUCAUCUCAGUCACAUGUGAGACGAGUGCUUCCAGUUAGACUCUACCAAACAAGAGGUUUUCUUCCAGUAAUCCACUUUCGUCCUGUAGUAUUAACACUGAAUCAAUAAAAGAUUACCUUUACUGGAUCUCUAAGGAGAACAGUUUAAAACUGAUAGAGCUAUCCAAUAUAAAUAAAGUUAGAUUAGUUUAGGUUUUCUCCUUUAGUAGUGACCCUUACUGGACUUCCAGGAAGAACAUUUUAGAACUAAUGGAGGUAUCCAGUGUAAAUAAAGUUAGUUAAGUUUAGGUUUCCUCCUGUAGGAACACUGGAUCAAUAAGAGAUGACCCUUACUGGACCUCUAGGACCUAGAGCUCCAGUCUAGGAAGAACAAUUUAGAACUGAUAGAGCUAUCCAAAAUAAAUAAAGUUAGUUUAGUUUAGGUUUCCUCCUGUAGUAAUAACCCUUACUGGACCUUCAGGAAGAACAGUUUAGAACUAAUGGACAUAUCCAGUAUAAAUAAAGUUAGUUAAGUUUAGGCUUCCUCCUGUAGUAACAGUGGAUCAAUAAGAGAUGACCCUUACUGGAUCUCUAGGAGGUCCUAGGAAGAACAGUUUAGAAGAGCUAUUCAAAAUAAAUAAAGUUAGUUUAGCUUAGUUUAACUCAGUUUCUCAUCAUCUUUUCAGGUUGGACUUAAAGGUUACACGUUCAUUCCAUUCAUGGUCGUGGUUGUGAUUGGUGCAGUAAUAACAUUUAAAUAUGUGAAAGAAACAAAAAAUAAAACGUAUGAAGAAAUUGCACAAAUGUAUUAUGGGAGAGAUGACAAUGACUCGGUAUGUUUGAAUGAUAUUCACCCGCAUUUUUGAAUGACUGACAUCUUACAAAAUAUUUUAACUCAGCUAACUGAUAGCUGACAAACGAUGAAACAGUAAUUUGGAACUGACAUCUUACACAAUAUCUUCAUGAUACACUAGCUUGAAAUUUUAAUUUUAGCUGAUGACUGAAGUCCAAAAUACUUUUUACAACUAAAUAAUAUUCUUUCUUCAUUCAGGACGCUAACGUAACAUUAGAAAGUAUUAAAUUGAAAGAAGACAAUCAGGCAUAGAAAUAAUGAAGUAGACGUGAUGGAGAGAAUGUUUGCUGCGUGUGUUUACAGAAUCGAAUAGAUUCAUCCUCGCUACUGCUUUAGCUAGUAUGGAAAUGCAGCUUCAGCCGAUCCUAGCCCCCUCCGCAGGCAUCGUUAUGGUUUUAACCUGCGAAUAGGUGUGUUCCCCGGGUGAGAUGCCUGCGGAGGAGGCUGACCAGUGAGGCUGACCGCUAACACUAACAUUUUCCGAUCUGCCUCUCCAUAGCCUAUCGAAGGGGAGAUGGCUGUGAAACUUAUUAGAAUAACAAUAUAACUCAUUAUCUAUGUUGGUCAACGUUUAUUCGUAAAUCUGGUCCGUCACCGUCACGUGUGUUUGUAUUUUUACCCAACUAACCAAUAGCAAUGUUUUAGGAAAGUCGCCUAUCCGUGACUCGAACAGCAGGGAAACUGGAAAUUGCUAUUGGUGGAUUUGGCAGAAAUACAAUACACACGUGACGGUGAAAGACCAUAUUUAUGAAUAAACGUUGACUAACACAGAUAAUGAGUUAUAUUGUUAUUCUAAUGAGUUUCACAGCCAUCUCCCCUUCGAUAGGCCGUGGUCUCUCUAAAUUUACAUUUUGCUUUUACUUUUUAUCUCAUUUCAAAUCUUCUUAUACUGCAUGUAAAUUUGGCGGAUAAGCCAAGCUACCAAGACUGAGGGCCUGCUGACGAGUAAAAUCGUCUAGCGUCCAGACAGAAUGAAUAGCGAGCUUAAGCAAGCGACGUUUUUGACAACACGAACGGCAUGAGUAACAUUAAAAGACUGGGUCAAGAAUGUUGAUUGGUUGAUAACGUCAAAUUUGCUUCCGGUCAACGUUCGUGUUGUCAAAAACGUAGCUUGCUUAAGCCCGCUAUUAUGACCAAACGGAUACAUCGUGUGUAUAUGAUCGAGAACAUUAAUUUUGUAGUAAGUAAAAUAAAAUAAAUUAAAUAAAAUGGAAUAAGAUAAUGCAUUAAGAAAUUUUUCUGUCAAAC